GUGAGCAGACAGAGGUGGUGGGGUGGGAGUGGAGGACUUUGGGGUUUCUGAUCUUCCUCAUUUUUCCAUGAGCAUAUCUACCUGGCAUACCAAAAGAAGACAGACAGACAGGCAAAAUGUGGUAUGGAGGCUUGGACGUGUGGUCCCAGCUUAGGCUCUGCUGCUUAUCUUAGAACAGGUUUCUCCUCUGUUUAAUGAGAGACGUGAACAGAGUCCUUCAUUCUCCACAUGGGGUCCCCAGGCUCCCAGGGGUCAACCAAGGUAGAGAUCCUAAGAUUUUAGAAAUAGUUUAAGAAGGAAAACUGCAUUCAGCCCAAGUAAGUCUGCAGCCCUUUUACUUUAAAAGAUUCUCUAUUCUUUGUUUUCGGCUAUAGUAGUCAACCAGUUGUCUGUCUUCAGUUGAAAGCUCUGAUUGUCAGCUACAUGUCUUUGGUCAAUAAAAAAAAAGCAGAGGAUUUAUUUACUUUAGUACACAUUGAUGGGCAGGCAAAAUCAAGAGUGAGUCCGCAGAAGGAGAAACAAUAAAAAGGAAUUCUAGACCAUGAAAAGUUUGCUAUGAUUUUUGAGGUUUCUUCAUAGCUUAAGAUUACAAGAAGAAAAUGAGGACUUUUCAGAGGAAAUGGGCUAAAAUAAAAUGGAGUGAUAUAGAUUGGACAUUAGGGUAGACAAGAUAGAUAUACUUGAGUCUGUAGAUCUUUGGGAAACUUAGAUAAUCACUUAGUCAGGAUUUAAAUAUUCAUCUCCAAAUUCUUUGUGUAAAGGGCAAGCUAUAAAUCAUAAAUGAUUAAAAUAUUUGCCUGCAUGAAGGUAAAGUGCUGAGUCAAUCACACAGGUUUUCUCCCGCUCUAAUCCUACAGCUUGCCUUUUAUCAUAAAUGCCAGGACACAACUGGAUGCACUGAUAACCAUUGCCCGGUACUGUUGACAGCUUAGACUAAUGACUGUUACUCCUGGACAAACCCAAAACGAGAGCAAGAUUGAGCAGUGGUUUGGGAAUACAUGCUGAGCCUCAGGGGGAGGUCUAGCAGUAGUCUCUCUCCAGGGCUGGAGCAGGGAGCUUUAACACACUGAUUCUGGAGGGAAUACCCGCUGCCUGGGGAGAACAGAAUGGGAAAAGUGUCAUUUUGUUGGAUAAUAGAGAGUCUUCAGGUUUGUUCAAAUGUAACUUUCUAAGCAAAGUCUCUUCUAAUAUUCUUUAGAAUUUGCUUAUUUAUUAAGCUUAUUUUGCCUCCCUCUACUAGAAUGUAAGCUCCACGAAGGCAGCGGUUUCAUUUACUACUGUAUUUUCAUUUAACUAGAACAUUAUUUUUACAGAAUCUUCUUCAGCACUGAGGUGGCAGAGCUCUACUGAUGAAGGCUGGAAAGGUUAAGAGUGGUCUGGUUGAGGUUUUGUGGCCAAGGGCCUUAUCUUCAAUGUUGUGGGGGCAGAGGCUUGAUUUUUGUCCAUGUCCUCCACCCCAGCAUUGAGCAGGCUGUCAAAUCACAGGACGAUGAUGCAUACAACAGAAGGUUAUUUUUAUUAAUUUAAGAGAAGAAUUUUAAUGUCCAACCCAAUCUCCUCCCUGUAGGAAAAGAGUAUAUGAUGAUCAAGUGAAAAUCAAAAGGCUGCUUAUGAAGAGUGUGAUAGGAAUAAGGGCUGGUGCCAUGAAUUUAUGAUGCCCCGAUGUGUGCGUUUCCAUGGUCAAGCUGCUUGGAAUACUCAGCCAGGAAAUCCUUUUCCCCUGGAAAAGAUGCAGACAUAUUCUCCCCCUCCCCAGACUCCAUAGCAGCCACUCUCGUCAACCCUUUUAGCUAGGUCAUAAUACUCGUACAUUUGAUUAAUGUAUCCUUGAGGAUACUUAGGCCUCUAAAAUGGAUUUGAGUGUUUCCCGAGUCUCUUCAGACAUAUCCUUAGAGACAUUUCUUGGGAUGUUUACUUCUAUAAAUUGCUAAUCUCAGUGUGUUGAUUUUUAACUAGUUUAACUUUCCAAGGGUAAAUGUAUCAGGCUGUUGUGUGGGCAUGCGCGUGCUGGCUGGGCGACUGACCUGCUGCCUGACCGCUGUGAACACCGAGAGUGAGACGGCAGUGGUGAAUGUCACCUAUUCCAACCGGGAACAGACCAGGCAAGCCAUCAUGAAGCUGAAUGGCCAUCAGCUGGAGAACCAUGCCUUGAAGGUCUCCUACAUUCCCGACGAGCAGAUAGCACAGGGUCCUGAGAACGGGCGCCGAGGAGGCUUUGGCUCUCGGGGUCAACCCCGCCAGGGCUCGCCUGUGGCAGCAGGGGCUCCAGCCAAGCAACAGCAAGUGGAUAUUCCCCUGCGGCUCCUGGUGCCCACCCAGUAUGUGGGCGCCAUCAUUGGCAAGGAGGGAGCCACCAUAAGAAAUAUCACGAAACAGACCCAGUCCAAGAUAGACGUGCACAGGAAGGAGAAUGCAGGUGCUGCGGAGAAGGCCAUCAGUGUUCACUCGACCCCCGAGGGCUGCUCCUCCGCCUGUAAGAUGAUCUUGGAGAUUAUGCAUAAGGAGGCAAAGGACACCAAAACGGCUGAUGAGGUUCCUCUGAAGAUCCUGGCCCAUAAUAACUUCGUGGGGCGUCUCAUUGGCAAAGAAGGGCGCAACCUGAAGAAAGUGGAGCAGGACACAGAGACGAAAAUCACCAUCUCCUCGCUGCAGGACCUCACUCUCUAUAAUCCCGAAAGGACCAUCACUGUGAAGGGGGCUAUCGAGAACUGCUGCAGGGCUGAGCAGGAGAUCAUGAAGAAGGUUCGGGAGGCUUACGAGAAUGACGUGGCUGCCAUGAGUCUGCAGUCUCAUCUCAUCCCUGGCCUGAACCUGGCUGCCGUAGGCCUUUUCCCAGCCUCGUCCAGUGCAGUCCCGCCACCUCCCAGCAGCGUUGCCGGAGCUGCUCCCUAUAGCUCCUUUAUGCAGGCUCCGGAGCAGGAGAUGGUGCAGGUGUUCAUUCCUGCCCAGGCAGUGGGCGCCAUCAUCGGCAAGAAAGGGCAGCACAUCAAACAGCUCUCCCGUUUCGCCAGCGCCUCCAUUAAGAUUGCUCCUCCCGAAACUCCAGACUCCAAAGUUCGUAUGGUCAUCAUCACUGGACCCCCAGAGGCCCAAUUCAAGGCUCAGGGAAGAAUUUACGGAAAACUCAAGGAGGAGAAUUUCUUUGGUCCCAAGGAGGAAGUAAAGCUGGAGACCCAUAUCCGGGUGCCAGCAUCAGCAGCCGGCCGGGUCAUUGGCAAAGGUGGCAAAACGGUGAAUGAGUUGCAGAAUUUGACAGCCGCUGAGGUGGUAGUGCCAAGAGACCAGACCCCUGAUGAGAAUGACCAGGUCAUCGUCAAGAUCAUUGGGCAUUUCUAUGCUAGCCAGAUGGCUCAGCGGAAGAUCCGAGACAUCCUGGCCCAAGUUAAACAGCUGCACCAAAAGGGACAGAGUAACCAGGCCCAGGCACGGAGGAAGUGACCCAGCCCCUUCUCACCGCAUCUACUCGAGGACAACGGGCUGAAAUCGAGAGCACGUUCUCCCCAGCAGGCCUGAGAAUGAGUGGGAAUCAGGGACACUUGGGCUGGGUCGUAGAUCAGGUUUGCCCACUUGCUUGAGAAAGAUGUUCCAGUGAGGAACCCUGAUCUCUCUGCCCUAAACACCCAACCAAUUGGCUUAACACUGCCCACCCCUCAGGGUGUCACCGUGGAAAUUCUAGCUCAGGGUGCUUUUAAACGUGGAUUGUUUAAGUAAGUUCUUCAGGUCCCACCGAGAGGGUGGGCCAGUCCCCAGCGGGAAGAGAAAUAAAAUUUCCUUCAGGUUUUUAAAACAUGUAGAGGGGUGUUUUAAUCAGCCUCAAAGGACGGUUUGCUUUUUGACCCUAAAAUCCUUCCAACCUUCUCCUGCUUGGUUUAUUUGAUUAAAAUACCUCCAUUCUCAUACCCUGACAUAGCCUCUUCCUAUAUUCACACUAAUUGUUUUAUCUUUACUGCUACCAGAAGAAGCGAGGACCAAUGAAAUGCAUUGUUUAGUUUAUGUUAUUGACUCAGAGGGAGAAGACAUAUCAGCAUCUGUAGUUUAAUUCCAAUCCCUCCCUACCAGCCCCUAGUAACAGCAAAAAAUAAAGAAAGGAGGGCGAGAGAUGGGGAGACAGAUGAUUAAAAUUUACAGUAAUCCACGUUUAAAAGAAGUGCCCUCGUGGCUGAUCUGUUCUAGAUCACUGUUUUGAAAAAUUGGCACAAAGAAUUUCCCCCACUCUGCUGGGGCUUCCCCACCAAGAUUCCCCACCCGAUUCACGUCCCUCCAACCAUAUAGGUCCCACAUCAUGCAUGUCCAGGUGCACAUGGGUGGUACUGAAUGCUCAGCGGGAUAGGGGCUGACCACUGUACCGUCCCUGAUUCCCAUCAUUCUCAGGCAGAUUUUAUAUUUUUUUAAAGUCUAUUUUAAUGAUUGGAUAUGAGCACUGGGAAGGGGACACUGCUCCCCUUGAUAAAGUCUCAGUUCCAUGGAGGACUUGAGUGGCCCCAAAGGCUGCCACUGUGCCCUCACGCCAGCCCACGUGUUUGCAUAAGGGCUGGUUCCCAGAGGCAGGGGUUGCGGGGCACUCCCCCCCCCACGGCACUGUUCUUUUGGUGGUGGUGGGAUGUGGAACCCAACCCUGAGCUCCCGAUAAAGCUAAAGUUUGUCAUCUGGCAUAUAUUAUGAAUAUUCAGUAAAUUGGAGAGUAUUCGCUUCUGUUUUUAUCCUAGAAGUAUAUUUUAACUGAUGGCUUCUGCCUCCACAAAUCAUUGGCAUGAUGAAAGGUGUUCCAAAAAAAAAAAAAAAAAAUUAGAAAAACAAAAUCCAAAGUAC